ACAAAUCAAGUGUACCACUUUUUAGAACAUUUUCAAAAUAUGCCAUAUUCAGAAUAUAUCCGUAAUUUCUAUAAUUUCAAGUUUCAUGGAAUUCUAAACGUACCAAUGGUACCUAACUCUAAAACGAAAGUAGAUUUGCAAGUAUGUAAGCGACAACUAAGAAAUGUCAACAUCCGGUUGGUGAAAAGGUGGAAUGGAAACACAACGAGAUUCUGACAUACUGUGAUUAUUGUCUCUCUUGUCGGGAUGUGGGUGUACGGAUACGGUUCACUCAUCUGGAAGGUAGACUUCCCCUUUAAACGUAAACUAGUUGGCUACAUCGAAGGCUACCAACGCAGGUUCUGGCAGGGGAGCACAGACCACAGGGGUGUGCCAGGCAAGCCUGGUCGAGUAGUAACCCUUGUGAAGGCUUCAGAAGAGUCAAAGGAGAAAGUCUGGGGUGUGGCCUAUGAGAUCUCUGUGGAGGAGGAGAGUAAGGUCAGACAGCACUUGGACUUCAGAGAGAAAGAAGGUUACACUCUAGCCAUGGUCAAGUUUCAUCCUGAGAAUACACAGGAACAACCAAUAGAUCUUCAGUUGUAUCUAGCCACAGAAGAAAAUUUUAAUUACUUGGGACCUGCUCCUAUUGAUGAGAUUGCCAAACAAGUGAUUGUGUCUGUUGGUCCGAGUGGAAAAAAUGUUGACUAUGUAUUGAAUCUCGCUCAAGCCAUGAGGUCUAUAGCACCAGGUAGGGAGGACCCCCAUUUGUAUGAACUGGAAAAAGAGAUCAAAUUUCAACAAAAGAGUAUGGGUAGCCAUAUACCGUAAGUGACAAACUUGCCAGUAUGGAGAUUUUGUAGAAUAGACAAACUUAUACUUUUCUGAUUUUAAUGAAUCUCGUUUCCAAGCAGUUCUACACUGGGUUUAAUAUUCAUUAAAACUAUAUGCUUAAAUUAUUGAAUUAAUUGGUAUAUAUCUUAGAUGUUCAUGUAUUUGCUCUCAGCUAAAUGGAAGUCUUUAGAUGAUUUAUAAAUACUCCUGAUAUGUAUUCUAUACAAGGUACCAGAUGUUAGCCUUGUUUCUGUAGUGCUAUAAUAGUAGAUAGAUACAGCAAAUUUUCUCUUGAUGGAUGUACUAGCCUAUCAUAUUAUUAGAGCCUUAAAAUGUAUAAAAACUGUAUCUGGAUACAAAAUAGUUAAAUAUUCCUGUAUAACUUCGACACAAAUUAACUGGUUUAAAGAACUGUUUCUAAAAUGCAAUACUCUCGUUCAGGUUUUUCAAUAUUUAAGUAGGUUGGACUUAAAAGGGUUAAAAAUGAGACAAGUUCAUUGAUGAAAACAUUGUAGCAUGUUGGAUAUAUUUGGAGUCAAACAAGUACCAGGUUGUGUAAAAUCGUCAUCAGUAAACUGGAGUGUAUAUGAUUGUAGUGGAACUGGACUCGGUUGAUGGUUGGCAACCAGGUAGCUCAAUUGGUAGAGUUUAGAGGCUCAUGGGUUUGAACCCCGAUCUGGCCACACAUCGUUUUCUAUCUCCUGUUACAUAAUAUAACCAUGUAGGCAUUUUAUUUUUGUACACUUUUGUACUAUGACAAGUGUCAGAAUAUAUAUUUUUGUCAAAUACCUCGUAUUAGUGCUGUUGUCAUUCCGAGCAAGUAUUAUGGUGUAAUGCAAUACUUUGCGAAAUUAUAUAAUAAUGCUUUCACCUUUGUAUUACUGAAAUCGAUAUUCAUUCGAUAUUCAUACUAAGGAUGAAUAAUGACAUCUUUGUUUGAUAUCUACUUUGAGAUAAUUUAGAGUAUAAAAAUUAAAAAUAAAGAAUCAAUGUGGCAUCGUUUAUUUAAUAAUGUUUACAAUUCCAUAUGUUUACAAAAGUAAAAUGCAGAAUACACAUUCUUGUUAGAAGAAUUUGCAUAGUUUUGUUUAUGAAAUGAAAUAAAACCCUUGACAUCAAAUGUGUGUAUUUGUUCUACUGAUUUUAUUGAACACUUCACAUGAAGACUUAAUAGAAUGUUAUGUCGUAACAGAAAGCAUUCUGCAGAUAAUACAUGACAUGAACAUACUCUAAAAUUUGAAUAAUGAAAAUCAAUCUUGACCAAAUGUUUUUGACAUAUUUCCAGAUUUAUUUUGAAAUGUCUGAGGAUACCAAACCACAAACAAUGGCGUAAAAAAUCUACAAGCACAGGGUCAUGGCACUUUCCUUAUCCCAUGGCCCAUAUGCAGUAUAUGCAUUUGUAUAAUACAGACCACAUAGGUAGCAGAGUACAGUAGAAAUGGCCUGAUUCUAAAAAUAAAGGGCAUGUCUCAGAUAAACAUGGAUAGUGAA